AGACCAUUUUGGUUCCAUAAAGCUGUAGUGACAGGAGUCCAAACAGGGGCACAAGAUGGCGAAUGGAGCAGUGUUGUUGAGUCUCCUCGCCUUCGCAAUGAGAUGUGAGGCAAUCGUCAAUGGCCAGGCAUUUAAUGCCACUCCUGCAAAGCUGUUGGCAUGCCCAGGUGCCGUUGAAGUCACUGAAUGUAUGACUUCAUCACAGUAUGAUGCCGUCGUGGCAGCCGUGCGGGGGAAGUUGGAAUCGCUCCCAAGCACUUGCACAGCUUCAGAUUGUCCCCAGGCGGACUGGGCAGGUUGUGUGCUACGGAUGGCAGGACAUGACUUUAUGGACUUCGCCAACGGGCAGGGUGGCUCGGAUGCCUGCACGGACAUGGAGGAUCCAGAGAAUGCGGGCUUGCCCGCGUGCCUGGCCUCCGGCGAGCACGGCAGCUCACUGCAGGAGGUCUAUCAGCAGUUCUGCACUCAGGUCUCCUUGGCUGACUUCCUGGUGAUCGCCGCUGAGGCGGUCAUCGCCUCUACACGUGCCCGAGCUGCGGGCACCGCGUCGCUGGAUUUGCGGAGCAUUUUUCGCUUCGGGCGAAGGACCGCCAGCUCCUGCGACUUCGCCGUAGGCCGGUUGCCGGAUCCAGAGCGGGGCUGCACGGCGGUGGAAGAGACCUUCGUGACGAGGAUGGGCCUCACUUGGACCCAAGCAGCAGCACUCAUGGGUGUGCACACCUUGGGACGUGCGCAGGUGCAGAACUCCGGAUACCAUGGCUGGUGGAGUGAUCCCGAGAAUUCCAGAAAAUUCAACAACAACUACUAUGUCUCCUUGCUUGCCAAGGGCUGGCUUCCAGAGCUUGCCAUUAAUGGGAAUUCCGCCAAAAAUCAGUGGGAGCGAAGCGACAUUGGCAGAGACACCAGCGUUGCCGGACAUGAGAUGAUGUUGAAUACCGACCUUUGUUUGGCAUUCAGUGAAGGUGGCGGCAACGGCGGCCCCGUCCGCGCGCACGAGCACAACUGUUGCGCUUGGCUUUCGGCCCGGACGAUCGACGGCGCGGUCCGCAACAACGGCAACGAGUACUGUGGCGGCAACGUGAUCCGAGGUCGAGGGGACCGUGACCAAUGCUGCGGGAGACAAGCAACACGCAAUGACUGCGGCGACAAGGAUCGGCCUACCGGCCCAGCCGCAGCGGCCGUGUUGGACUUCGCGGCCGACGAGGCGGCAUGGCUCAGGAGCUUUGCAGAUGCCUGGCAAAUCGCCACAGAGAACGGCCAUUCGCAGCUUCACAGACUCGGAGACUGCGGCUCAACCACGGAGACUGCGGCUUCCAGUGUUUCUUCGAUCAGUUCAACACCAGAGACGACUUCAAGUUUGCCGACCGAGACCGUGACCUCGACAGAGUGGGCUUCUCCAGACUCAAGUUUGUCUUCAAAUGCCAGUAGCGUGAGCGGAUUUCUUUGGAGCUUCGCUUGCUUAGUGAGCAGUAUUUUCUUAAGAUUUUGAGCCACUCAAAAUUGCAGUUCCAUUGGGAGCUUGCUUGCAUAUAGUGAUUAGGAAUUCUUCUCAAUCGGUUUUGCGUUGUUACUCUGCAUGGGCCGAUGUCCCUCGGAUGAGGCGUGAGACCUCAAUCUGGCAGUGGCAUGCGGCAGUUCCAUUCAGGGCUGGGCUGGAGACUCUUCCACUUCCAGACUCCUA